CGGGGGUCCCACUGGAACCGGGGGUAGCACCGGAGCCGGGGGUCUCAGAGAGCCGGGGGUGUCACAGCGGAGGCAGGGGAGUCACAGGAGCCGGGGGUCCCAGAGGAGCCGGGGGUCCCAGCGGAACCGGGGGUCCUACAGGAGCCGGGGGUCCUACAGGAGCCGGGGGUCGCACCGGAGCCGAGUUUGCACCGGAGCCGGGGUCUCAGCAGAACCGGGGGUCCCAUGGGUGAGCGCUGCCCGGGGACCCCGCGCACGGCCCGGAGGGGACACGGAGCGCCUGGCACGGCCGGUGCCCCCGGGAGGGGUCCCCAAGGCUCGGGGGGCGCGGGCAGGGGGCGCGGGGCUCUCCGGGUGGCCGCCCUCAGCCUCGCCCUCCUCUUCCUCCGCGCAGAGGCCGAAGGCUUCGCCCUCUGCCACGCGCCCGCGCUGCAGACCAAGGUGUUCCAGUACCGGCUGUGGGACGUGAACCAGAGGUCGCUGUACCUGCGCGAUGACCAGCUGGUGGCCGGGCACCUGCAGGGCGCCAACGCCGCGCUGGAAGAGAAAGUGUUCUGGGUGCCCAACCGCGCCCUGGAGCCCGCCCGGCUGCCGGUGAUCCUGAGCGUCCGGCACGGCUCCCGCUGCCUCCGCACCGAGCGCGGCCCCGCCGGAGAACCCCGGCUGCGGCUGCAGGACGUGGACAUCCGGGAGCUGCCCCGCGCCGGUGACAGCGCGGCCGCCUUCACCUUCUUCCGCUCCUACCGGGACGGGCUGUGGCGCUUCGAGUCGGCCGCGCACCCCGGCUGGUUCCUGUGCACGUCCCCGCGCGGCCACCAGCCCCUGGCGCUCUGUCGCCACUGCGAUGUCACCUCCCACCUGCUCGACUUCUACUUCCAGCUCUGCCCAGCCAUGUCACGCGCAUCCAGAGCUGCCCUUAGAAGGACACCCCAGGGACACCGCCUGGGGGUCAUGGCGGGGAGCUGGGACACGGUCGAGGGUGUCAUCGACCCCGACAUGGUGGCCUUGUUCGAUGACUUCCUGGGGACAGGUGAGUGCAGGUGUCCCCGUGUCCCUGUCCCUCCCCAGCCCCAGCCGUACCACUACGUGCUGCGGGACACGGAGCAGCAGGGGCUGUGCCUGCGCGACGGCCGCCUGGUGGCCACCAGCCUGCAGGUGGCCAACGCCGCCCAGGAAGAGCCCAUCAGCGUUGUCCCCAACCGGCACCUGGAGCGCCGGCGCUGUCCCCUCAUCGUGGGCAUCCGCGGUGGCACCCGCGCCCUGUCCUGCGGCACCGGCCCCGAGCCCCGGCUGAGCCUGGAGGACGUGGGGCUGCUGGAGCUGUUCUCGGGUGACAAGGACAGGGCCACGCCCUUCACCUUCUACAAGACCUUUGGGGGCUCCACGCACACCUUCGAGGCCGCCGCCUUCCCCGGGCUCUUCCUCAGCACGGCCACGGGCCCGGACGAGCCGCUGGGCCUGGCACCGCCCCCGAGCGCCACCGCCUUCUACCUGCGCCGCAAGUGA